AUGUCUUGGCUCUUUGGCUAUUCGAAACCACAAAAUUCAGGAAGCGGAGGUGAGGGAGGUAUUCCCCCACCUCCUCCCCAGCCUCCCAGUAAAGAUGAUAAGAAGAAAAUUGAAGAAGCAAUAUCAGGGUUCAAAUUCGACUCUGCAGCUCUUGAGAGAGCUGCAAAAGCUGCUCGAGAAUUAGAAAAAUCUAAACAUGCAAAGGAGGCAUUUGAACUCGCUCGUAUGAAUGAACACACUCAGCAAUUGGAAUAUCAAUCGAAAAUCAAGGAAUAUGAAGCUGGUCUCGAGCAGUUGAAGAUCCAGCAAAUUCGAAUUCAACAGGAAGAACGCCGAAAGACUCUGGAAGAAGAAGCGAGGAUUCAAAAGCAUCGAGUUGAAUAUCAGGAUAUGUUGGCCAGGAAGAGACAAGAGGAUCAGUUGGCCCAACAGGCCCGAAUGCACGAAGAAACUCUUCGAAAACAGGAAGAAUCCGUUCAGAAACAGGAGGCUCUUAGAAGGCAGACGAUUGAAUAUGAGGCCAAUUUGCGCCAUCAAAAUGAGCUGAAACAAAUUGAAGCCCGACUACGUGGAGAAGCUCAAGUUGAACGUGAAAAUCGUCAGAUUCGACUAGAACGAUCACGAGUUGAAGCAAGAGAACAUCGUGAAACAGUUCUGCAAUCAAUUCAAACCGCCGGUUCAGUUAUUGGAGCUGGACUCGAUGCAUUCUUAGUUGAUAAAAAUAAGGUCUUCACAGCUGUUGGUGCUGCAACUGUAUUGGCUGGUGGUAUCUAUGCUGCCAAAUUCGGCAUGGGGACCAUGGCCCGUUUCAUUGAAUCGCGUAUUGGAAAACCUAAGCUUGUUCGAGAAACUUCCCGAUUGAAUACUGUUGAUCUACUUAGACAUCCUAUUAAGCCAACACUCGAGGCCCAUUUGCGAAAGAUUGCUAUUGCAACUCGGCACACGAAGGCCAAUAAGGGCUUCUAUCGCAAUGUGCUUAUGGCUGGCCCUCCGGGUACUGGUAAAACUAUGUUCGCUAAGAGUUUGGCUACGCAUUCUGGUCUCGACUAUGCCAUUAUGACGGGAGGUGAUAUUGCACCGUUAGGUGGGGAUGGUGUCACUGCAGUUCACAAGGUCUUCAACUGGGCCAAAACAAGCCGCAAGGGUGUCUUAUUGUUUGUGGAUGAAGCGGACGCAUUCCUACGAAAACGAGAGCAGGAGAGAAUUUCUGAGGGUAUGCGGGCUACUUUGAAUGCUUUCCUUUAUCGAACUGGUGAACAAUCUCAAAAGUAA